AUGCAUGGAUACCCAUAUACACAACCAUCGCUGGUGGUAUGUAGCGGCAUGCUUCUAAUUGUUCACUACAGCUUGAGACUCGCAUCAUCUGGAGCACCUGUCAACUACAAAGCCUACUGCCUGGACAUGUCCAUUGAACCUGUAACUUGGGUGGAGGUGGUGAAGCUGGAGAAUGAUGCCCUCUUUAUGGGGCAUGAUGUGAGGAGCCCAGCAUUCUCUUGCAUGAGCCCAGGACGAUGGGGCGGGAGAAUAAACUAUUUGUACUAUGCCCAUUACAAUCAACCCUGGGUCUUGCAUGGGAUGGGUGAUGAUGCAGAAGCAGUUUGGGAUGAUUCCACUGACCCUGACCUUGUGCACAGCAGGGGCCUGUGCCUCAAGCUUCAGCCAUUCUAG